CGGUCAGCUGGGUCUCGUUUUUCCGGCUGCCGAACUAGCAGGCUCUGCUCUGGGUGCCAGACUCGGUGACGUAGGUGCGGAUGGUCCGUUAGUCGUAGACCGAGCCUGGUUGCUGCGGGCCUUUACCCCGUGUAUUCCCGGGACUCCCCUCCGCGGGCGGUUUCGGAUGCGGAAUCAAGGCGUCCCAGGUAAUGGCAGCUGAGUGAGUGGCGGCGGUGACAGCUGAUGGUUUCUCCCCGUGGGCUACUUAGUGACUCGUGUGACAGGUUUUAAUAUUGAACCCCCACCAUGUCAUUGAAGCCACGAGUAGUGGAUUUUGAUGAAACAUGGAACAAACUUUUAACGACAAUCAGAGCUGUUGUCAUGUUGGAUUACGUUGAAAGAGCGACCUGGAAUGACCGAUUCUCAGAUAUUUACGCGCUUUGUGUUGCCUACCCAGAGCCUCUUGGAGAAAGACUCUACACAGAGACAAAAAUCUUCCUAGAAAACCAUGUGCAACAAUUACACAAGAAAGUCUUUGAGUCGGCAGAGCAGGUUUUGGUCAUGUACCACAGAUACUGGGAGGAGUACAGCAGAGGAGCCGAUUAUAUGGACUGCUUAUACAGGUAUCUGAACACACAGUUUAUUAAAAAGAACAAGCUGACCGAGGCUGACCUGCAGUAUGGCUACGGUGGAGUGGAUAUGAACGAACCCCUUAUGGAGAUAGGAGAGUUAGCACUAGAUAUGUGGAGGAAAUUAAUGAUUGAACCUCUUCAAGAGACCCUCCUUAGAAUGCUUCUCAGAGAAAUUAAAAGUGAUCGCUGUGGGGAAGACCCAAAUCAAAAAGUAAUCCACGGGGUUAUUAACUCCUUUGUUCAUGUUGAACAGUAUAAGAAAAAAUUUCCCUUAAAGUUUUAUCAAGAAAUUUUUGAGUGGCCUUUUCUGGCUGAAACGGGGGAGUAUUACAAGCAAGAAGCUUCAAAUUUAUUACAAGAGUCAAACUGCUCGCAGUACAUGGAAAAGAUUUUAGGUAGAUUAAAAGACGAAGAGAUUCGAUGUCGGAAGUAUUUGCACCCCAGCUCGUAUAGUAAAGUGAUUCACGAAUGCCAACAGCGUAUGGUGGCCGACCACUUGCAGUUUCUUCACGCAGAAUGUCACAAUAUCAUCCGGCAAGAGAGGAGAAACGAUAUGGCCAACAUGUACACCCUUCUUCGUGCCGUAUCCAACGGCUUACCUCACAUGAUUCAGGAACUCCAAAAUCACAUCAACGACGAAGGUCUUAGAGCUAUUAGUAAUCUUUCUCAGGAAAAUAUGCCAACUCAGUUUGUGGAGUCUGUCUUGGAAGUUCAUAGUAAAUUUGUUCAGCUCGUCAAUACUGUUUUGAACGGAGAUCAACAUUUUAUGAGUGCGCUAGACAAGGCCCUUACGUGUGUCGUCAAUUACAGAGAGCCGAAAUCUGUCUGCAAAGCACCAGAACUGCUGGCCAAAUACUGUGACAACAUGCUGAAAAAAUCAGCCAAGGGAAUGACUGAGAGCGAAGUGGAAGACAAGCUUACAAGUUUUAUCACUGUUUUCAAGUACAUAGAUGACAAAGAUGUUUUCCAGAAGUUCUACGCUAGAAUGCUGGCAAAACGAUUAAUUCAUGGUUUAUCCAUGUCUAUGGACUCUGAGGAAACCAUGAUCAACAAGCUUAAGCAAGCGUGCGGGUACGAGUUCACCAGCAAGCUGCAUCGAAUGUAUACCGACAUGAGCGUCAGCGCAGAUCUCAACAACAAGUUCAACAACUUCAUAAAAAACCAGGACACGGUGAUCGACCUGGGUAUCAGCUUUCAGAUAUAUGUAUUACAGGCGGGUGCGUGGCCCCUAACUCAAGCACCGUCCUCUACGUUUGCAAUCCCCCAGGAACUGGAAAAGAGCGUACAAAUGUUUGAAUUAUUUUACAACCAGCAUUUCAGUGGCAGAAAGCUGACGUGGCUGCACUAUCUUUGUACAGGUGAGGUGAAAAUGAACUACCUUUGCAAACCAUAUGUAGCCAUGGUCACCACGUAUCAAAUGGCUGUCCUGCUUGCCUUCAAUAACAGCGAGAGCGUCACCUACAAAGAGCUUCAAGACAGCACGCAAAUGAACGAGAAAGAGCUCACCAAAACCAUCAAGUCUCUACUCGACGUCAAGAUGAUCAACCACGAUUCCGACAAGGAAGAUGUAGACGGAGAAUCCACCUUUUCGUUAAAUAUGACUUUCAGCAGUAAAAGAACGAAAUUUAAGAUCACUACACCUAUGCAGAAGGAGACGCCGCAGGGUUCACAACCCACAUGUGCCGGCGAAUCUAUGCAUUGGAGAGCAGAUAGACGUUUCUCCCUGGAGGUGGAACAGACCAGAAGUGCUGUAGAUGAAGACCGCAAAAUGUACCUACAAGCUGCAAUCGUGCGCAUCAUGAAAGCCCGCAAAGUAUUGCGACAUAACGCCCUGAUACAGGAGGUCAUUAGCCAGUCCAGAGCCAGAUUUAACCCCAGUAUCAGCAUGAUUAAGAAGUGCAUCGAAGUCCUUAUAGACAAACAGUACAUUGAGAGAAGCCAAGCCUCUGCAGAUGAAUACAGUUAUGUAGCAUGAUGCUACACAUCGGCGCGGAGAAGAGGAAGUCACCACCGUGACAGUUGGGUGCGUUCCCGCCAGGAGCCGCAGGCGUUCGCCUCCAUAUUCACUCACCUAGCAGCUGUUGUUAUUCUGCUGUUUACAACAUCACCAGUGCCACGUCAUGAACGUCAGUGAAAAUGCCUGUAAAUAUUUCAGGCCCAUGCCAUUCUGACGUUUCUUACAAUUCUACUAAAAAGGAAGAGUGAAGUAUUUCUGGAAUGUGCAAAUUUUUGGUUGGGUAACAUUUUCGCUCCCCCCCCCCUUUCCCUCAUCACGUUUGCAGUUGAUGUGUUUUUUUUUUAUGUAUCUUAAAGGACCUAAAGUAAGAACUAAAUAUUGUAAUAUUACAGAUAACCUAAUAACUGUAUCUACUUUAAAAUGUACAAAAAAAGGGCAAUCAUGAUAUUGCUGCUUGUCGAAUUAAAAAAAAUAAAGACAUGUAAUGUGUA